UUUCCCGCUUGACGCUUGUUCCCAUUGUGGAUACGAGGAAGAAAAUACUGACACGACCAGACAAGCUAAACACUUCUCACAUCCUUUUUAACCACUUUUGGUAUAGGUGAUUUGUUGGCACCAUGGCCCGUACCAAGCAGACAGCCCGUAAAUCUACUGGAGGCAAAGCCCCACGUAAGCAGCUGGCCACCAAAGCUGCCCGCAAGAGCGCCCCUUCUACUGGUGGGGUCAAGAAGCCUCAUCGCUACAGGCCUGGUACUGUGGCCCUGCGUGAGAUCCGUCGUUACCAGAAGUCCACUGAGCUGCUGAUCCGCAAGCUGCCCUUCCAGCGCCUGGUGAGAGAAAUCGCUCAGGACUUCAAGACUGAUCUGCGUUUCCAGAGUGCAGCCAUUGGAGCCCUGCAGGAGGCCAGCGAGGCUUACCUGGUUGGUCUGUUUGAGGACACCAACUUGUGUGCCAUCCACGCCAAGCGUGUCACCAUCAUGCCCAAAGACAUCCAGCUGGCUCGUCGUAUCCGUGGGGAGCGUGCUUAGACGCCUCCCUGAUUUACCUCUCCUCCCCUCACCAGUCUGUCUUCCUCUUCCCUCUCCUCUUAUGUUGGUAGUGAUUAGAGAAACAAUGAUUAUGAUAAGAAUAACGUGUAUAGUGGUGUUUUCUUAGUACUCUCGGCAGCAGACUAUUAUAGGGUACUGUCUAUUGUGCAUGUACCUGCUUGUUGCUGGUCAGAUCCCCCACCACCACACCAACAUCAAAUCAGAUGUUCCAUUGUCAUGAUGCCAUGUGGAGAGAUCAGAUAAAACAUAGAAGACAUGGAAUCUGAGAUAGGUGGUAGUCACAGGAGGAAGGGGUUAGGUUUUUGUCUGCAGAGGGGAGUAACUCUUUCUCUGCAGGGUGCUAGAACAACUGACCUAGUCCCCUUCCUCCUUCCCCACUCGACCAGUGAAAUGGAGACUGAGCUGGUAUCUUUCAUGUCAACACAUGAAUGAGUCCAGCCCUCCCCCUCCCCACCUUUGUGUGUGAGCGUGUAGAUUCUGAUCAGCACAGCAAAUUGUAUACAAUUCAAAAACAUCUCUGGAGCAAUUGGUUAUUAUUACAAUAUUGAUCAUUAUCAUGGUUAUUAUCUUUUCUUUUCUUUUUUAUGCUUACACACCUUUUUCAUAGUGGAAAAAAGAUUUGUGAAUUAAUUGGAGAUGGGGGAGAUUCGAAUUAAAUUUUGUACAGAAAACAAAAUUGAGCUAAGCUAUCGUUUCUACAGGUGUUGAAGCUUGUGAUUUAUUUUGACUGUCAAAGGGGAUCCUUGAUUGUUCACUCUCAUUUCAUUGCCUCUUAUCUGAUUGACACUAUUUUCCCUUCCCUUUGUCUUUGAAUUCUCAAAUUUGGCUUCUGUGAUAAAUAAUUGGAGACUGCAUUUUAAGGCUUUUGCAAACAAAUAGUGAAUCCAGUGAUAUUCUUUGUGAUCACUCCUGAGGGGCCUUGUUGUGAGGUUUAUGAAACUUGGUGGUCAAUGCUGUCUUGCAAACCAAAAAUAGUCUAAUUGGUAAAGUGAUCAUGUAUGUUAAUGUUAUGUGAGCUAUAAAUGGGAUGGUCAGGGAUAUUUAGUCCUCCCCCUUCACUUCGCUCCAGAUCCUACAUCUGUGUAACGUUUCUCAGGUUGAUGUGUCACCCUUUUAACUUAAAUCAUUUUGAUUUCUUAAUUUGAAUUUGAAAUGUUGAAAUAAAACAAUGUUUGUAAUUUCCAGAUUUCUCAUAUAAGGUGGUAAUAAAUGGAUGUUACACACACA